AUGGCGUGCCCUUUUGAAGAAGAUCCAGUGGACGUGGAAGCACAGAUUAUACAAAAUCUUUUCUGCUGUGAGAGGUUGUUACACUUGGUAAUAUGUGAUGCAUCCCACCUCAUCACAAAUGUUGAAGCCAAAUGGCCAGGGUCUGUACCCGAUGCCAGAAUUUUAUGGGAGUCAUCGUUGUGCCACAAAUUUGAACAAGGAAACUUCAGUGGUUACUUGCUGGGGGACAGAGGGUACACCUGUCUGCCCUAUAUGAUGACCCCCUACCCUGAACCUGAGCCUGGACCACAGACACGAUUUAACCUGGCCCACAGCAGAACACGGGCCAAGGUGGAGAUGACCAUUGGCAUCCUGAAGGCCAGGUUUCAGUGCCUGCGUGGGCUCAGGGUCAGUCCAGAAAGGGCAUGUGACAACACAGUGGCAUGUGUGGUUCUUCACAACAUUGCCACAAUAAGAGGUGAGAGGGCCCCCCCAUCUCUUGAUGAAGAUGGUCAAGUGGAACCCCAGUGA